GUCACACUGCCCCAGUAUUUCCUCCAAUGAAGGGUGGAUGAUAAUGAUGCCGUGUGUGCGAAAAGAAGGGCACCAGGGUGGAAGAAGAAUGACCCCAUUGAGCCCCAUUGAGCCCCAUUGUGGACCCCCCCCCGCCACCCGCAGUGUUGAAGCAGUGGUCUGUGCGCAGCGGGUGCGGGUCUAAUCACGAACUCGGCGACCGCAUAGGUAAGGGCCGCAUUCAUUUCUGGAAGGUUGGGCGCGAUUGAAUUUCGAAGCAGGGCGGUGUUGAGGGGCGUGACGAAACCGAAAGCGAGUGCCGAGGCCACGGCGAACCACGGCUGGGUGGUAGGAACCAAGGAACCUUCCUCGAAUGGAGGCACGUGGCCUUAGCUCCGUAUGACAAGGAUCCUGCGUGAUGGCAUCAAAUCCCUCUUUCCCUCUUAAGAGGUUGACCAGAAAAUGAAUUCCCCAGUGAUUCAUUGCGACUCGCGUUCUCUUCUCAAAACCCACCGCCAAUAUGUCUGGAUCUGCCCCGCUCUCCCCAGCUGCACUCCGACGUCUCAAAUGGCCUGCACCCCAUGCCUACACGCCUCCCAAUUCCGUCCCAUUCUACGACCCUGAGCUCUACCCACAUGGUGUGAUCAACCUCUCAAUCGCCGAGAACUCGCUGCUGAGCGAGCGCUUGAUUGAGCAUAUCUCCCGUCCACUGGUAUCAUUCCGGGGCCAGCAUCUCAGAUACAGGGCCACACUGAUCAAGACCGACCUGCAAACUGUCGAAGAUCUGCUGCCGGCAUACAUCAAUGACCACUUUGAGCCAAGAAUCCCGGUCACGAGGGAGAACUCGGUAGCCGGGCCCGGCAUCGGGGCCCUAUUGGCUCAGCUCGUCUGGGCGCUCGCAGGUCAAGGCGAAGGUGUCCUGAUGAGUGUCGUAAGCCCAUUCAAUCCAUCCAUCCACGUUGCGCAUCCUGAGAUCACGCGCCCUAGCCCUUUUACGGUCCGUACCCGGCUGUCCAACGCACUGCCAUCCAUUCAACAUGUUUCGACAGACGACUAUUUCCGUGACAUAUCCCACCCGGCGCAGGCUCAGCUGAUUCGCGCUGAGAUCCCGGCGCACGUCGAUUCGCUCUCUGAAGACGUGUUGCCCCUGCUGGAGGCCAAGAUCAAGUCCAGCGGGCGGCUCGGCAUCCCGAUCAAAGCGAUGCUUAUUCCGAAUCCACAUAACCCCCUCCCGCAGGUCGUGCCCAAAGAGGUGAUCACGGGAUACGCGCUGCUGGCUGAGAAGUACGACAUCCAUUUGAUCGUCGACGAGGUCUAUGGGAUGUCGACGUUCCACGACUCGGCCUACCCGCCUGCAGUCAACGUCGCCUUCGAGUCGGCGCUGACAUACGACUUCUAUGCGAUCGGUGUGAAUCCAGCCCGGGUACAUGUGCUGGCUGGUCCGACGAAGGACUUUGGCGCCAGUGGUUUGAAAAUGGGACUUCUGGUAUCUCCGCACAACAUCCCGCUGAUGGAUCUGAUCCGUCCCCUGUUCAACGCGACGCCGAUCUCGUCUGCCAGCGACGCCCUGUUCUCCCGGGUCUUGAAAGACCGGGUGUUCGUCGAACGCUUCCUGGAAGACAAUCGGAUCGCACUGCGGGAAGCGUACGAGCUCGUCGCUGGCUGGUUGAUCUGGCACGGAUUGCACUUCACACGAGCGAACGCCGGGGUCUACGUUGUUGUCAAUUUCGAACCGUUCCUGAACCGGAUAUCCGACCCGGAUAUGUUUCCGAUGGAGAAACUAGACCGUGGCGUCGCUGCUCUCAUCAAACAAGGUGUCUUUAUGAAACCGACAAACCUGAUGGGAGACCCUGUCCCUACUCGUUUCCGGCUGGUCUUUUCGCAGCCUAGGAGCUGGAUGUUGUUGGCGCUUCGACGCAUCGAACAAGCAUUCUCUGCUCCAGAAGCUCCUCUUCCCGCAAACAAGUUCUCGGGUUUAAAUGGAACCUAUAUGAACGGAGCUGGUGCCGGCAAUGGACGGCAUGUGUACGAUAGCGAGCCCUCGAGUGCUUCUGAGUCGGAGUGAGAUGGACAUAUAACGCGGACUGCCUCGUUCGAACUAAUGCCAUGGACAUACGGCGAACGUAGUCAAGUAGGAUAAACGGAAUCCUUGUAGCAAUAAGCUCUCACACUUGCAUCGCCUCAAUAUAUAAAGACAAAGAAUAGAUCAUUCAUAUUCUG